UAUAUACAUAUAUUUUUUUGCGUCUAUUCUUGUUGUUGCAUUCCUUGAAUUCGUGUUGGCCUUGCUUAUUUUUAUUUCUUUUUAUUUCCUCUUUUACCACCAUCCAAUUUUGCCGCUGCUGCCACCCAGAUAGCGCGACUGAAAGUAAAAUAAAAGCAUGCAGAUACACAGGUGUCGCUUUGUCGAUUAUGUUCCACAGGCGAUCAACGCCAUCGAGUUUACACCAGAGACCUCCAAGCGCCAGUACAUUGCCGUUGGCCGGGCAAACGGUGACAUUGAGCUUUGGGGUGUCAAAGGAAAGCUUGUUUACGACAAAAUGAUUCCCAACGUCGUCAAGGGAUCCGUGGAGACCCUGGCGUGGUCGCACCAGACCGAGCUGACCGCAGACGACUUGGAGCUGUUUGACACUAAUGUUGAGCGCGAGGCCGCCAAGAAGCGGCUCGUGGAGCGCGCACCGCGUCUGUUCACAGCCGGCCUUAACGCAGUCAUUAUUGAGUGGGAUCUGGCCAAGCUGGUGCCCAAGGCCAUUAUAGAUUCGAACGGCGGCGCGGUAUGGUGCAUGGCAACGAAUCACGCACAGACUAAGCUGGCCGUGGGUACGGAGGACGGUCACAUUCGCAUUUUCGACAUAACCGACGACAAGCUGAUGUACCAGCGCUGCUUCGACAAGAUCAACAGCCGCAUUUUGUCCGUCGCCUGGUCGCAUGAUGACUCCACCAUUGUUACCGGAUCGGCAGACAGCUCCGUGCGCAUCUGGACUGCUAGCACUGGCCAUGUUGUCGCUCGCAUGACCCUGCCCAAGGAAGGCCGCGACCCGACCCUGGUAUGGGCCGUCACCGUCCUCAAGGACGACACGAUUGUUUCUGGCGAUUCGCGCGGCCACGUUGUCUUCUGGGAUCCGAUCAUGCACGUUUCCCUGCAGGACUUCCGCGCACAGGGUGCCGACGUCCUUUGCCUGACCGCCGACAAGGCCGGUCACACGGUGUUCGCCUCGGGCGUCGAUCCGAAGAUCACGCAGUUCAAGCUCUUUAUCGGAAGCAGCCCUGCCGAGGCCAUCAGCACCAAGAAGAAGUCCCUCCCCAACAAGACCCGCAAGUGGCAGCUCUCGGGAUUCCGCCGCUAUCACACGCAUGAUGUGCGCGCGCUGGCAGUCAGCUCGAACGCCAAGCACAACCUGCUGAUCUCCGGCGGCGCUGACACUCAGGUGGCCUCCUGCGAGUCAGACUCGUUCCCCAACGACAACCCACACCGCCAGCCGUGCUUCCCGCCGGUCGACAGCAUUAUCAGUGUUGCGCCCAAGUCCAAGCUCGUUCUGCAGCACGAGGGGUGUACGCUCAAAAUCUGGGAGCUCGGCAAGUCCGAGCCCAUGCCGCCGCACAUGAACGAUACGAUGGAGACCGGCCAGGCACUCCAAGUCUACGAGCGGCAGCGCGAUCUGCUGCGCAUGGACCUGAACACCAAAACGAACAUUCUCAGCAGCACGAUUUCGCCCUCCGGCGCGCUGAUCGCUGCGUCGGACUCGACGGGCCCCAAGCUCUACUCUGUUACCCGCACCGGCGACAGCGGUGAGCAUGUGCGUGUGCGCCGCGUGAAGGAAUUCCCGCCGCCCAACUUUGUGCCCGACUACUCUGAUCACCGCGGCGUCACCCAGAUGCGCUUUACCAGCGAUGAGAGCCGCAUCAUCAUGUCGACGACGGAUGGAUUCGUGUCGAUUGUCGACAUUUCGCAGUGGCAGUCCGGUGUUUUCGAGACCGUACGCCGCCACUGUGGCCACCGCAGCACCAAGGACGAGACCGAGACCGAUGCCGGCUGCGACAAUGUGCCCACCCACCCGGCCCAGGCUAGGAAGAUGACUCCAGCUGAUGUUGAGCUGCGGACAAUUACCAACAUGGCUGUGAGCGCUGAUGGCAAGUUUGUGGCCACCAGCGACUCCAACGCAACCAUCAUUGUCUCAUCAGUGACCGGCGCACACAGCUCAGUGUUGCCCUCGAUGCAGAAGGGCAAGGUGGACAGUCUCCCGACCGCCAUGAUUUUUGACCUCAAGGGCAACCUGGUCAUCACAACUGCAUCCAAUCUGAUCUUUGUGUGGGACGUUUCCAAGUCCUGCUUCACGAAGUGGACCAAGGAGCACUCGGCGACCGAUAUCCCGCGCACGUUUGAAAACUUUGGAGACUGCGUCUCUGGCAUUGUCACAAACCCCACCGAGGUCAAUAUCGUUUACGCCUGGGCGGCCGGCCAUAUCACCCGCAUAGACCUGUCGAUCCCUCCAGGUCCCAAGAGAGCCGUGCUCAACAUCCACAAGCGCAAGGAUAUCGAGAAGGACAUCCUAACGCGGUUCUUGGACGAAAAGCAGGCGGCCGACAAGAGAUCCGCACGGCACAUUAUCAAGCGGAAGAAAAAGGAAGAGGAGUCAGUCGAUGGGUCUGUCAAUGGCAGUGCCAGGAUGGACAUCGUGGUCGAGUCUAAGGACGCCCGGGCGGAGGACUCUGUUGUUGAAGUGGACUGGACAAAGAGCAAAGACUGGGCGUCGACUUAUGCUGCGCGCCUGCGCGAGGCUGGAAUCAAUGUUAACGUGCCGCACAACUUCCGCAUGACCCAGCGCUAUCAACACUUGAUGCAUGUGUCGUUUAUUGACAACGACACAAUGGUGGUCAUUGAGAGGCCUUGGAUAGAUGUUGCCAGCGUGCUCCCCUUGGCAUACCAUCGCCACAAAUAUGGCGCUUGAGCUUUUUGGCGAAUACUAUUUGGGACUUACGCAUUUUUCAU